UCUCUCUCGUCUCUUUCUCUCUCUCUAGUCUCUUCCUUCUUGGGUCAAUGGGUGUUCACUGCGACCCCUUGACAACCCAAUAACCUCCUCCCCUCUCCCCCAAAGCGGAUUACACAUGUCGUCGUCGUUUUCGCUGAUGCUGAUUCAACUUGUAUUCGAUACCUGAUGAUCAUGAAAACGACGAUGAUUAGCCCCACUUGCCUUGCUUUUUUCUUCAUCUCCUUCCUUUCUCCUUCUUCUUCAUCUCAUUAGCCCAUGUCUUGUUUCUCUGUCCCCAUUUCCCCAAUGAAAGAUGACAAAAAGAUGGUCAUGGAACGUGGUGGUCUCGAUCAUUUUCUCCUUCUUCUUCUUCCUCCUCUUUGCCGUCAACUCCUCUUUCUAUUGGUCCUUAUCCUUUCUCUGAUGCCCACUUUUCUUCAAUCCUGCAGCGAAUUCGACAGAGAUUCUCUCUUGGCCUUCUAUAAUAAUGUCAGUUUUUCUUCUUCUCCUCCUCUGAACUGGUCGAGUUCCAUUGAUUGCUGUCGAUGGGACGGAAUCCGUUGCGAGGUCGCCGUUAAUGGCCACGACCGAGUGACCCAUCUUCUGCUUCCUUCCAGAGGACUCAAAGGCGUCAUCUUCCAAAACUUCACGAAUCUCACUUACCUCACUCACCUUAAUCUCUCCCGAAAUUCUCUCUCCGGCUCUCUCCCGUCGGAAUUCUUCUCCUCUCUCAAUAACCUUAAAGUCCUCGACUUGAGCUAUAACAGAUUCCAUGGCCCAUUAUCUUCUGUUUCCGACAACAACAGCGUGUUUCAGACGGUCGAUUUGUCAAGCAAUCUCCUCGAGGGGGAAUUCCCGUCGUCGUUGUUCGAGCCCUCGGUGGCUUCUGGGUCUUUAAACAGCUUCAAUGUAAGCAACAACAGCUUUUCGGGUUCAAUCCCAGUCUCUGCUUUCUGUACUGGUACAGGUACUUCGCAGCUCAGAUUAUUGGACUUCUCUUCCAACAAAUUCAUCGGCGAAAUUCCACCAGAAAUUAAAGGAUGUUCGAAGCUCGAGACUUUCCGUGCAGGCUUAAACAAUCUCUCCGGACAGAUCCCGGACGAAUUAUACGGCAUCGUUUCGCUGGAACAUAUCUCUCUGCCUGUGAAUCGCCUCGCCGGACCAAUCGGAGACGGCGUUGUUCAGUUGAGCAAGCUCCGGAUUCUUGAGCUCUACUCCAACCAACUUAACGGUUCAAUUCCGGAGGAUAUUGGGAAGCUCGCAAGUUUAGAGAAAUUGCUUCUUUACAUCAAUAACUUCACUGGGUUUAUGCCUUCGUCUCUGAUGAAGUGCACCAAUCUGUCGACACUGAAUCUGCGGGUCAACUCUCUGGUGGGCAAUCUCUCUGGCUUCGAUUUCUCUGCGCUUCAAAGGCUUGCCGUUUUAGACCUCGGAAACAACAACUUCACAGGUGAGAUACCCUUGAGCCUUUACACUUGUAAGUCGUUGACAGCAAUUAGACUCGCAGCAAAUCGGCUAAAAGGUCAGGUCUUGCCCGAGAUACUUGAUUUGAAAUCACUCUCUUUUCUCUCAAUCUCCAACAAUACCCUUACCAACAUUACUGGGGCACUUAACAUUCUGAAGAACUGUAAGACUUUGACCACUUUGGUUCUGUCCAAAAACUUCAUGAAUGAAGCCAUGCCUGAGGAUGAGAGCAUUUCAGACCCUGAUGGGUUCCAAAAUAUUCAAGUUCUUGCCUUGGGUGGUUGCUUAUUAUCUGGUCGAGUACCCACUUGGCUCGCCAAGCUUAAGAAGCUACAGGUCUUGGAUUUGUCUGUUAACCUCAUAACUGGGACUAUUCCUAGUUGGUUUGAUAGUCUUCCGAGCUUGUUCUACGUAGACUUGUCUAGUAAUCUCAUUUCUGGUGAAUUUCCAAAGGAGCUUUGUGGGCUUCCAGCUUUGACGUCGGGACUGUCUGAUCAGGUGAACAGGAGUUAUCUGGAGUUGCCUAUGUUUGUCAUGCCCAAUAAUGCUACGAAUCAGCAAUAUAAUCAGCUCUCAAAUAUUCCACCUGCUAUAUACUUGGGUAACAACAGCCUCAGGGGCAAUAUACCAGAGGAGAUUGGCCAAUUGAAGUUUCUCCAUGUGUUGGAACUCAACAACAACAACUUAUCUGGCAGCAUACCGGAUGAAAUCUCUAACCUCACUAACUUGGAGAGAUUGGACCUAUCCAGAAACCAUCUAACUGGUGAAAUCCCUGCUUCUCUGAAAGGUCUGCACUUCUUGUCUUAUUUCAGUGUGGCAUACAAUGAUCUCCAGGGACCAGUGCCAUCUGGGGGUCAGUUUGAUACCUUUUCCAGCUCCAGCUUUGAUGGAAACCCGGGAUUGUGUGGUCCUCCAGCUGUGCAACGCUCUUGCUCUCAACCCCCACCUCCAACACACCGAAAAACGUCAAACAAGAAGCUUCUUAUUGCCGUUGUUGUUGGGACCUGUUUUGGCGCCGGUUUCAUUGUCACCAUGCUGCUAGCGCUGUGGAUAUUAUCCACAAGAAGAAUACUUCCAAGAGGUGAUAGUGACAAGAUUGACUUUGACACUAUUUCGAGCAACUCUAAUGUCACGAUUGCUCCUGACAUUGACAAGGAUGCGAGUGUGGUCAUAUUGUUCCCGAAUAAUACCAAGGAAAUCAAAGAUCUUAGUCUUCCUGAAAUCUUGAAGGCGACUGAUAAUUUCAACCAGGCAAACAUCAUAGGUUGUGGUGGUUUUGGUUUGGUCUACAAGGCUACUCUAGCAAACGGGACCAAGCUGGCUAUUAAGAAGCUCUCAGGAGACUUAGGGCUCAUGGAAAGGGAAUUCAAAGCGGAAGUUGAAGCUCUUUCCUCAGCUCAACAUGAGAACGUGGUUUCUCUUCAAGGCUACUGCGUGCACGAUGGAUGCCGGUUACUGAUAUAUUCUUACAUGGAAAAUGGAAGCCUGGAUUUUUGGUUGCACGAGAAGCCUGACGGUCCAUCACAAUUAGACUGGCCAACCCGACUCAAGAUCUUGCAAGGAGCAAGCCUUGGGUUGGCUUACAUGCAUCAAAUAUGCGAACCACACAUCGUUCAUCGCGACAUCAAGUCCAGCAACAUUCUGCUCAAUGAAAAGUUCGAAGCCCAUGUAGCAGAUUUCGGAUUGUCCCGGCUGCUUCUGCCUUACCAGACUCAUGUCACAACAGAGCUUGUUGGGACCUUGGGUUACAUCCCACCGGAAUACGGUCAAGCAUGGGUGGCCACUUUGAGAGGAGACAUGUACAGUUUCGGGGUUGUGAUGCUUGAGUUGAUAACUGGGAAGAGACCUGUGGAGGUGUUCAAGCCAAGGGUGUCAAGAGAAUUGGUUGUCUGGGUUCAGCAGAUGAGGAACGAGGGAAAGCAAGACGAAGUCUUCGACCCGCUCUUGAGAGGGAAGGGCUUUGAGGAAGAGAUGAUUCAGGUACUUGAUGUGGCCUGUAUGUGUGUCAACCAGAACCCUUUGAAGAGGCCAACCAUAAAGGAAGUUGUUGACUGGCUGAAAAAUGUAGGCACAACCCGUCAGCACCAAAAUAUGGAUCAGUGAAAAGAAAUUCUCUUCAGUCAUCCUAAGAACAUAUGUGUAUACUACUUUUGCACAGAAAAUAUCUGGUUUUAGUUGUGCAGAUCAUAACUAUACCUGUAUGUUUUGAUGAUUAUAUUAUACUGUUUUUUGAGUCUUUUUUCAAGAAACCAUAAUCGAGUAUGUUUUGCUUGGUAAGUACUCGGGAAUCUUGU